AUGGAUGCAUGCGUGCGUCGAAGACACUGUCCUCAAUUGCCAUCUUCAGUCUCCCCUCUCUCAAUAGUACGGAAAGUGAGACCCCACGACCAUUGGUCAGUAUUGCGUGAUGAACGUCCACUACCACAACUACGUGCUUGUUCUUCUUGUUCUUUUGGCUACGGUUGUUCUUUCGAAUCAGGCGCAGGACACUGACGUACAACACCGAAAGGACUUGAACCAAAUCAACUACUACAAUUGGCUUCUUCACCGUCAUCGUACCGAACGACAGAAGAUCGAGAAAGUUAAUAAUGAUAUCAGAGAUGCUCGUCUUAUAAAACUGCAGCAGAUUCUUGAUAGCCCAGCUCCGCAAAAUGUCACCCUAAUCGCAACUCAAUCUGAUUUCUCGAGAAUCAGUCGUCUAGUGCAUCCAGUGAGCAACAAGCCAGUCACAGAUUCAGUUGAUGAACUCAACAAGGUUCUUGGUGUACACAGAAGACAAGCGAGAAAGGGAGCACAAAGCGAUGCAGCUGCACAGAAGCCAGAAGAUCUCGUCGAAUUCCAGAUUUCCGAGCGAGAAUAUGAGAAAUUCUCCAAAUUUUUCAAUAAUAGAACUAUGCGCAAAAAGGUCGCCUGAUUGGCUAGUAGGAAUUUAAAUUAUUCUAAUUUAUUUUUUUCUAAUAAACUAUUUAUAUAUU